AUGCUAGUUUGCGUGCACUGUGGCUCCGCCGUCCCUACUUUGUACCACGAAAGCAGUAAGGAAAGUAUAUGUCUGGAGACCUGUGGUUCUUGUGGAGAAAUAGCAGAUAAAUAUGUUGAAUGGGACAUAUAUAUAACAGCCAUUGAUUUGUUUUUGUUGAAGGUUGCUGUGUUCAGACAUUUGAUUUACAAUCAGAAUGCAACGCCUUCGGACGGCGACAGUCGACAAUCAAAACGCCGACGCAUAUCACGCAUCUUACUUUUAUUCGCCUCAGCUGUGGUGUUGGAUGGCUAUCGAGUAAUGGUCACUUGUCGUUUCCUCACCAGAUCGCAAGAAUGGUGCGAUAAAGAUGUCCUGCUGCGUCAGCAGCACGCUUUAGAAAAAAGUGGAAACUUCUUUCAGAAUUAUCCGAUUCCGGAGUUCAUUACAGUAGCGCGUGAAGUGUCUGGAACUCAUAUCACGCCGUUUUCGGAAGUUGAUUCAACGACAAAUCUUCUGUAUAAUAUGGUCCAGUCUAUCUUGGCGUCGUCACAAAUCAAAAUUAUGGCAGCACGCGAAGAAAUGGGAAUGUGUCAUAAUUUUAAAGUGCGAAGCGUUGUCGACAGGUUUUUCAUACUGGCGCUCGACGAGCCCUCGUUGCUAGUGCUGGGUAACCUCACGUGUGUAAAAUUCGGAGAAUGGAGCACUCUCUUACUAUGCUUAGCAAAAUUAGCAGGUUAUUGUACAACCCUUCUAUUGAUACACAAGACACUCCGAAAAGGGAGAUGCAUGAACACCCGAACGGGUGCAUCUGUUGAGAUGCCAGCCACAGAGAAAAUGAAUGCUUCGUCUUCUGGUACAGAUGUGAUACUUGCAGUAUUAUUGUGUAUUCAUAUUAAGGCCCUGGUACUAAUGAUGAUUAUAUGGUACCCGAGACUCCCACUUUUGGGAGCAGUUGAAAUUUACGCAUACUUCAGCAAUGUACUGGCCCUAAACGCCGCUUGCAAUAUGACCAUGCGGGAGUCCGCGGCGUCGAUUGUAUCUGCGAUAGGUGUCAAGAUGAUAAUACACUAUAUGUGGCUGAAGGGCCGGUACUCGCUCUCGGUAUGA